AUGGCUCAAAAAGCAACAGCUUACGGACGCCGGCUCGUUCCUCAAGUCCUGGACGAAUUGGCUGAGACGGAUCCCAAGAGAGUCUACGCUGCCAUACCCAAAUCGGCUGAUGUCAAGGACGGGUUUCAAGAUGUGACUGUGGCAGAUCUUUCGCGCUGCGUCGAUUUCAUGGCCAGUUGGCUUGACGAAAAGUUCGGCCGAAGUGAGAGCUUUGAGACCAUUACAUACAUUGGACUCUCUGAUCUUCGCGGCCCGACAACUCUACUUGGCUCCAUCAAAGUUGGAUACAAGCUCCUGGUUCCUUCACCGAGAAACCCGCCUUCGGUUACCUUGCAUCUGAUGGAGCGCACUGGCAGCACCAAAGUGUUGUAUGCUGCAGAGCUUGCUCCCUUGAUCAAGCCCCUCCAGGAUCUGGCACCGUCAUUCGUUUUUGAUGCUGUGCCUUCAUUCCAAACCAUGCUCGAUAGUCAUCCAGCUAGAUAUCCCUACGAAAAGAGCUUUGAGCAAGCUAGAGAUGAGCCGAUUGUGGUCUUGCAUUCUUCUGGAUCAACUGGGUUGCCCAAGCCAAUCACCAUCACCCAUGGUUCUAUCGGCGCCCAUGACAAUGAUCAUAACCUCCCAGUUCCAGAUGGACGAGAGAGAUCAGACUCAACAGUGUUCACUCUCGAUGGAGAUGAUCGGCGCCUAUAUGUCAUAUUGCCAUUUUUCCAUGUACAUCAUGCCCUCCUCAACAACUUGACGCUUGUGCUCGGACCAGCGCAUGUGGCUCCGGAUGCAGGGCUGCUCACGCAGAUUGCGCAACAACAGAAGCUCAGAGGAAUCAUGGUUGUGCCUGCUAUUCUGGAACAGCUCUUGCAUGAUCCGAAAGGCCUUGACUUGCUGAAGAGCUUCGAGUUCGUGGCCUGUGCUGGAGCUCCACUGCCGGGCCCAGUCGGUGAUCAGGUUGCCAUAGCUGUCAAGAUGUUCAUCUUCAUCGGAUCCACCGAGACCUUCCCUCUCCCUGAGCUAAAGAAGGGUCCCGAGGAUUGGCAGUACCAUGAAUUCAACCCAAACCUCAAGCACGAAAUGCGACCCUACGGUGACGACACGUUUGAAUUAGUCAUUCUUGCCGAUGAGACCACAAAGGAUUCGUGCCCUGUCUACCACAAUAUUCCCGGCGAAAGUCCUUUCUUCACAAAAGAUCUAUUUACACGGCAUCCGACGAAGCCAGAUCUAUUCAAGUAUUACGGUCGUCGGGACGACAUUUUGGUAUUCGCCAAUGGAGAGAAAGUCAAUCCGAUUCCCUUGGAGCAGCAUGUUCAAGGAGACCGUCUGCUCAAAGGGGUUCUCCUCGUUGGCAAUAAACGUACUCAGUCAGCUCUUCUUGUAGAGCCUCGUGAUGCCCUAGAUGAAGCUGGGCGCAAGAAGUUGAUUGAAUCACUUCGUCCGCGUAUCGAAGAAGCCAACAAGCUCGUCCCCGGUCAGGGCCGUGUUGGUAAAGGCAUGGUUUUCUGUGCCGUAUCCGAUAAGCCGUUUGCCAGGACUGGCAAAGGAACCAUCGUCCGCAAAUUGACUGAGACUGCUUACGAGCAGGAGAUCGAGCAUUUGUAUUCUACCUCGUCGCUCGAGCAGAACUUCGUCUCGGUGGAUUUGAGUGGAACAAACGUGACAAAGACUGUCUACGAAAGAUACAAAAUCAUUGGCUUCUUGCGACAAAUCUUUGCGUCUUCCUUUGCUGCAGCAUUGUCUUUCGGGGAAGAUGAGGAUUUCUUCGCCCACGGGCUCGAUUCCAUACAGACACUUGAGAUCACGGGCAACCUAAAGCACAACCUGGCGAAGCUGACUUCCUCCUCCAUCGAUUGGAUAUCACCGCGCACAAUCUUUCAAAACUCAACACUUGUAGCUCUCUCGGAUGUACUGUUAGACUUUCUGAACAACGGUACCGUCCCCGAGACCAACUCAGAGACCGCCCGCGCGCUAGCUGUGAGCGAGACAGUGGCACGACAUGUGGAGAAGCUUCCUCAAAGACCAACAUCUGCCAUUGAUCCCAAGACUGUGCAAGGCUCAAGUGUGGCCAUAAUCGGCUCAACUGGUUAUGUAGGCUCGUAUCUUCUGUCGACCUUGAUGAAGAACCCCGAGGUAUCUCGAGUUUACUGCCUCAACCGAAACGAUGAUGCACAAGUAAGACAGGAGAAGUCCCUGAGCGGGUUCGGUCUUGACUAUGAGGCACUUUCGAGCAAGGUUACUUUUCUUAAGGUCGAGCUUGGUGCACCGCGCCUCGGCCUUGGUCAAGACCAAUGGGAGCUGAUUGCAAACACCAUCGAUUCCAUUGUUUACAACUCCUGGCGUCUUGAUUUUGAGAUCGGAAUUCGCUCCUUCGAGCCAUUCUUGCAAGCCACGAGAGAUCUGGUCGAGUUGUCUACUUCUAGUAACAACAGGAUCAGAAUCAUCUUCGUCAGCUCAACGUCUUCUGUAGAAAACAUGGCCCUCACAUCCGUAGUUCCUGAAAAGCCAGUAGCGGACCCCCUAGCUGCAAUGAACACGGGCUACGGCCAGUCUAAAUUGGCUGCCGAACAGAUACUGGUCGCAGCCAAUCGCAAGACUGGCACUCCCGUAUCUGUCGUUCGCAUUGGGCAGGUUGGCGGCUCAUCCAAACCUGAUGCCACAACCUGGGCCGAUCAGCCCUGGAUAUCCGCCAUUGUUCAGACUUCGAAGACACUUGGGUGCUUUCCCAGCCCCGUAGCACCAAUAGAUUGGGUACCGGUCGAUAUUGUCGCCACAAUCUUGCAGUCCAUCGCCCUCCGCGCCGCUGUGGACGAGCCACAAGUCUACAAUAUUGCCUCUGAGCCGCAAUCCUGGAGCUUGCUGGUUGACUUAAUUCGCCACUCUACAGACGUCAAGGAAGUUGUACCGCUGCCGGAAUGGGUUGAUAGGCUCCGAAAGAUCUCCAACUCCGGCAGUCCUGACGUGACACGAUUGCCUGCUCUUCGGCUGUUGGGAUUCUACGAGCUACUUGGUAGUGGCACAGAUUCUCUUCAACUUGCCACUGAACACACCCAAGCGGUCUCCGGGGUGGAGCUCAAAUCUCUGGAGAAAGAAUUGCUAGAAUCCUGGUUAAAGUCUUGGGGGGUCUGA